GAUCACUUUUCAACUUCUCUCUAGGUAUUCCCAGACUUCCUGAGCUACACAAACCAUCUCUAUUACAAGCCUGCCAGCGUUGGCAUCAUCACCAGGGUCAAUAUGGCUGAUAUUCUCCUCGAAUGCAGAUACCCGAGAAGGUGGAAUGUCAGCAGCAGCCCCAUAAAACCAACCUGGGUGCCCUUCACUUCAACAGCCUCUACAGAGCAAAUCCUGGACUUCUCCUUGCUGCUCAUGAAUGAUAACUGGAGUGGUCCCAGAGUCUCCAAUGUCAUCUACCUGGGUGACAUCCUUCAUGUUGAGGCUUCUGUUGCCGUCGACAACCACGUGCCGCUACGGCUCUACGUCGACAGCUGCAUCGCGACCCUGAGCAACAACAAGGACUCUGAGCCCAGAUAUGCUGUCGUGGACAAGCUUGGCUGCCUGAUGGAUAGCAAGUCUCCAGACUCCUCCUCUUCAUUCACUAGACCUGCUCUGAACAAGCUGCGCUUUGACAUCGCUGCUUUCAAGUUCCAGGGGGAUUCCAGGAGCAUGAUCUACAUGACUUGCACACUGAGAGCAGUCAAUGCUGACAAACCAGCUGAUGCCUCCAACAAGGCCUGCUCCUACCAGAAGCAAUCCUACAGGUGGGUCUCUGAGGACGGCUCCUCUGCAGUGUGUGGGUGCUGUGACGCUGGCUCCUGCUCUGGGACACCCCGGUUCCUCGCAGACCCUUUUCCUCCUGCCGAGAUCAACCAGCCCAACUGGAGCGGAAAAUGGCCGCAGAAGAGAGCGGCUCCUCUUGAUCCAGCUGGCCAGGACCCCCAAGUGCAUGUAAAGGAGAUCACCAUUGGCCCCCUGACCGUGGUUCAUGUAGUCCGAGACCAUGCUGUCGUGCUCAGUAAGGAGUCCCUGUACCACCCCCUGCAGCUUGUGGAAGAAGUGCAGGACUCUGGCUCCUCUGUCCCUGUGCUGGCAGUCUCUGCUGUGGCUCUGGCUCUCUCCUGUGCUGUCCUGUUGGCUGUGUUCCUGAAGAGGUGCUCCCCGUCUAGUGACAAACUGCUCGCUGUGUCUUCCUAAUGUGUUUUGAAGAAUUAAUAAAAGCCUUGUGAAGCUA